AUGAAGCUGGCAAAGGACAUGACAGGUGAAGGUGUUCCAAUCAUCACAAUCUUCAAUCCUGGCUCCCCGCGCAACAAGUGCGUCAAAGACCCCUCAGAGUUUCAGGCGCUGGCCAGCCAGCACGGAGUGGCAAUCAGCGAGGUCAUCCACUUUGACAAGUUUGAUCUCAAAGACUUUCUUGCGCGGUACACCGUCGACUACCAGGUCAUGGUUCCUGCCGAACUCCAUAAAUUGCUGGAGGCCCGCGAUGUGACCAAGCUGGCUACUCGACUGAAGGAGAUUCGCAGGACCAAGUGCCAGUCAUUGCCCCAUGAGCUGAACAACCUUCGCAACUCUAUGACUGCACUUCGAGGGCAGAUCAAGGAGUAUCCGCAGGCAAAUUGCCAAAUGCGACAUUGCACCCUGGACGAUCCUGAGAUGAAGGAUUGUUUGCGACAAGUUUGCUCUUCUGAAAAAAGGGACUGUUGGAGAAGCGGCCUGUUCGGUCUGGACAAGAAUUGCAUAAAGGUUUGUGCCAAAUACACAACCGUCACAGAUCAGGAGUGCGCAAAAGGCAACAGCGAUCGCAGGGCUGCUGCGGAGCGAGCACAUGCAGCUUGCAUUGCGAAUGCCAGGAAGCAGCAUGAGGGUUGCCUCAAAGACCAUGAAGCUUGCGAGAGGAGAUCAAGAAGAGCAAUUUGGAGCUGCAGAAGUCGAUCCAAAAGCUUUCCGAAUCAGAGAAAGACCACGUGGCGAAGCUGA